AUUUGUUUGCGUCGCGCCUACGUCACGCAUCGAAGAAAAUGGCGGAAUGUCCAGAGUAGCGCCCAGUUGCGGCUCUGUUCUUUAUUCUAUGGACGGACUUGAUGCUCGUUGCAUGCUCGUUGUGCGCCGAGUUCCCCGCACUCCGUGGCCAUGCGGGGCGCUAUGUGCCAAGUGCUGUGCUGUUGAGUUCAAGACGGCGUAGCGUCUACGACCGUUUGUCAGGCAGUGGCCAUGGUCCCAAUGGCAUUUCCUGCGGUCGAGGAGUUUCAGCGGCCCACUGCAGCGCCUGGCUCUUUCAAAGCCCGCGGAUGCACCGACCUGCCGUGGCUCUUCGCCCUCGCCGGCUUUCUGGGAGCCGCUGUGUUUGUGGCGUCAUUCGCUCUGGCGCUCGGCGACCCCCGCCGUCUCGUGAACGGCUGUGACAGUUUCGGCAACGUGUGUGGCGCGCGCAACGCACCCAUGGGACGCUUGGCCUUUUCCGGCAUGGACGUGACGGACAGGCCGUACCUCUUCUACCUGGAUCUUGCCGACCCGCGCAACUCGCUCAAGAUAUGCGUCAGCCGCUGUCCGUUCCGCGCGCUCCGCACCAUGGACGAGGUGCGUCGUUUUGGUGAAGAGACGGGCUCGUCUCUGUGCCGUUAUGAUGUGGCAGCCAACAACCACUCUGCAUUGUCCAAUGCAACAGUGCUGGACCUCUUCGACAAGGAGCAGCAGACCACAGGGCUUGGCCCGUGCCCGCAACUUCCGGUGCCACCAAGCAAGCCUGUGCGUAAUCACUGUGUUCCGUUCGGUGCCAGUUUAGAUGUCUUCCACAGUAUUUACGGAUAUCUAAACAGUGCCGACACCCUUCAGCAGAUUGUCAGCAAUUUAUUUGCUGCGUGGCGAGAGGUAUGCUCUAUGCUGUCCUUUGCCUGCAUCCUGUCUUUUGCAGUCGUCUUUCUACUUCAGAGAUUUGCAGAAUUGGCAGUGAAGGUCAUCCUUAUUUUGUCUGUGCUUUCUGUGAUUGCCACAGCAGCUGUGCUCUGGUGGACUUACGUUGACAUCAAGUUCGAUCUGGACCUAAUACCAUUUGAACGCCUUCUCGAAGAAGCUGCUAAAAACGAGCACGCAUUCCUUAUUUUUUCCAUUGGAGUGACACUGUUGGCCAUAAUUUUGCUGGUUGUUGCAGUAACAAUGCACAAGCAUGCUAGGCUGGCAGGAGCUUUGUUCCACGAAGCUGGACUUUGUAUUCGCCACAUGCCCUUUCUUUUAGUGCAGCCUGUGUGGACGUUGUCUGCUUUGGUGGCUCUGUUUGCAACAUGGACUGUUGUUUUCCUCCACCUGGCCACUGCCGACUUUGCGAGCCGUGAAACUCGCCCUAUUGCAGCUUUUGCUGGUGGCCCCAUUGAUGCAACGAAUCUGACACCUGUUGCCGAGGUGCGACACUUCACUCUGGUUGCUUAUGACCAGCCCUCUUGGGUUCGCUUUGCCUGGUGGUUCCAGCUGUUGUUCCUUCUCUGGGCGGCCGAGUUUAUGCUCGCCUGUCAGCAGGCUGUCAUUGCUGGGGCUGUUGCAUCGUGGUACUUCUGCAAGGACCGCACAGCACUAGUGUGGCCCCUGGGCCGUUCUACAGCUCGCCUGGUUCUCUACCACCUUGGAUCCAUUGCCCUAGGUUCACUCCUUAUACCGGUGUGCAGGAUUCCGAGACUUGCACUUCUGGCCUUCCAGCAGCGGAUUUUCGGGCGACGAGGGACUGAGCUGCAGUGCUUCAACCAUGUCAUCCACAAUGCGUACACUGUGGUUGCCAUUCGUGGAACAUCUUUCUGCACAGCUGGUCACACAGCCUGCUCUGUGCUUUCCGAGAGCUCGCUCAGUCCCUUGGUUAUCUCUGGCGAUUUCUUGCUGUUCCUGGCCAAGUGUCUAAUAACGUCUGUGGUUGGGCUGCUGGCUGUGGUGCUUCUUCGUGAUAACCCUGAACUCCAGCUGUGUGCUGUGCCUGUGCUAGCCGUGGCAGUGUUCUCGUGUGUUGUGGCCCACUGUGUACUGUCCCUCUACGGAAUGGUCGCGGAUACACUUUUGCUCUGCUUCUGCGAGGAUGUGCUCUCCUGGGAACCCGAUCAUCGAGAUUUGUAUGCGCCCGAGAGUCUUCACAGGCUGCUGCUGGGCGACACUGCAUUGCUGCGUCCUCUCCCUGCACAAGUGCCUUGUUAGACGAUCAUUCUAGCUUAAUGCAGAGAAGGGAUUUGCAGUGGUCUAAAGCUGAUGGCAUUGUUCCUUUUCACUUACUAGUAAUGAACAGAGUUAUACUUGCUCAUCUCAUAGCUACAUUUGCACCUGCAUGUAGUUGAACCUGGUUAUAAUGAAUAAGUUCACACUCAAAAUAAUUUGAUAUACCAGGCAAUUUAAUGUAUCUAAACUUGCCUAUAAUGAACAUCAACAUACCUUUGCGAUGUAUUCUUUAUAUACUUGGCCGAUUUUUCGGACAUGCCCGGUAAUUUGGAAGCCUCACAGCACCCUCACGCACCCCAAGAGCUAAUGUAUAAAAAUGUCUGACAUUUUGGAUGCUGUAACCCCUAGCCGUUCGAUUUCUCUGACUUUUUGCUGUGACCGCAGUUCCAAAACAGCAAUAAUUGAAAGCACAACUGCAGCAAUUUUGAUUUUCUCGCAGCAUCGAACCAGCUCUCUCACACGCCACUAACAGCCCUAGCCACCGCACCAACUCUAAGGCUGGCUUCUUUGACGUUCACUACCAAGCCUCCUGUUCAGUGCUGUGCUUCUAAUUGAAAGAAUUUGCCACUGUCAGCAAUGGCACCAGUUCCGCCUCUGUCAUCCUCGCUGGUGGCUUUCUUUGUGCACAGAGUACAGCAAGGGCAUUGCAUAAUGCUGGCUCCACAAAGUCAGCUUCACCACAAUACAAUGAUGUUUGAGGUCAACCAUAUUCUAUAUAAAUAUUGCGGCUCCUAAGAGCUCAAAGGGGCCACUGUCACGGCACGGAAUGUGUAUAUUCUUUAAUACACGCGUGCACCUGCCGUUGCCUGUCACAAUGCAAGCACCCAUGCAUCUAAUAAGUGUCUGACAGGCCUUCAGAGCUAUUUGGGUCGUGCCUUGGGCGAUUUGAGCCCUUGGAGGCAGUAAAACACAUGCAUUCAUUUUUUUCGUACUGCCUGAUUUUUCAGACAUUUCUGCAGCUGCUAUGGAGGGACAUUGACUGUAUAUAGAUUUGUUAUCUCCUUUGGAGAAAGCAAGUGAAGGAGUCAUUUUAUUGAAAACAACUGCACUAAGUAGGCAGUGAUUUUUGCCCGUGCCUCCAACUGUUUCUCAUGUCCACUUAGAAUUACAUUCUUAGUGCGCAAGAUAGUGUGGACCUGCUCAAGUCCAAUUCCUUCAGUGUCAGCACAAUAAUGUAAUUCAAAAAGUGUGGUGUAAAAUUAUGUACUCCCUUGAAAUGUCAUAUUUUCCAAUGCUGUCUCGUUUCUGCAAUCCCACUCUUUCUUCAAUUCAGCAUGGGUUUCGCAAGAGCUGCUAUUGCAAAAUGCAAAUAAUAUUGUUUAUACACAACAUUCCUUCCUCUUUAGACAAAGGCCAAGUCAUUACCUGUAUUUUCUGUAUUUUGCAAAAGUGUUUGGGGUGUCUCAUGACUUGUGUUUCAUCACUUACUGCUUCAUAGUGAAAUAUUUAUCGCGCACAAUCGACAAGGACACAGUGAAGGGAGACAAACGAGCACUGUGUCCUUGUCGAUUGUGUGCGCUAAAUAUUUCACUAUGAAUUCGUAGCAACUCGCCCAACUAUAAGCUCUGCUGCACUUACUGCUUCUUAAGCUUAGUACUUCUAACAUUGACCCUAAUAUUCUGAAAUGAAUAGAAUGUUUCCUAACCAACCGCACCGAGUUUGUAACAGCUAAUCAUAAUGCAUCCCUGUACUGUGCCAUAAAGUCAGAUGUUCCUCAAAGCUCUGUCUUGGGCCCGUUACUAUUCCAUAUUUGUAUUGUUACG